AUCUACCUCGGCCUUGACCCUCACGACACCCUUCUCUCUAACCUUAAGCCCACUUUCAUUUUCACUCCUUAUCACGGAAUCAACAACGAUUGUACUAGCUUUGAGGUCGGAUUUCGGGGACGGCAGAAGACACGAAAGAGAUCUAAAGGGGAUCCAAUGACAAGGACGACGAGUAGCUAUGCUUCAUCAAAAUCCGAUUGUCUUCGAUUUAAUAGCCACCGGUUUAUCCGCUACUAUUGCUCUCUCUCGUCCUUCAUGUCUUUGAAGAAACCGUUAAACGACAUACUUGUUACUCAUUCAUGGUAUUUGCUACUUGGGUUAGAAGGGACGAUGAAUUGUGUUUCGCACCUUGAUUGGUCUAGUGUUGACUAG